AUGACUAAUAAUUACUGUGAUUUUCCCUACUAUAAUUUCCCAUUCAAAAUUAGGAGGAUUGGUCAACACUACCCAACAUUCCAACCACAUGAAUGUGUAAUCAAUGAAAUUAUGCAUAUUUAUAAAGACUAUAAAUUUCCUAAGAAUCCUGCGACUAUAGUUAUAAAAAAUCAAUUGACUCAGUCUAAACGUGGGCUCGAUAAACAAAUUGAAAAUUUGCUUGAUCGUAAGGUGAGAAUGCUCGAAAUUCCUGAGAAAACAUUAUACAAGGAUUGCCGUAAUCAAGAAUCGCCGGUUACUAAGUUUUUUGUGUGUAUACCUUAA